AUGUCAAUUAUUAGCGACGCUGUCUAUCCUUCACGACUAAACACCGAAACUUCCGCUGUCCCCGUCAACACUCUCGCCGACAAAUUACUGUCCCGGAAGCGCAAGCGAGACGGCGACACUCCGCCAACGAAAGCGCCAUCUCGUCUGCCCAUAGUCCCACCAAGAGCAGGCGUCCCUCUGCACAAGGCCUUCUCCGACACUCGUCUUCUCCGACCACAACAAUUUACUCCAUCAUCAUCCUUACCGCAAACGUUUGUCGUCAGAGUGCGCUUCAUCCUUCCAGCCAUCGCCGCAUGCCUUACUGAAUCAUGUGCANNGUCUGUCGACAAUGACAAACCUUUAUCCUUCCGCAUCCUGAACACGCUCCCUCGCGCUGCUCUGCCCUUGAGCUACAUCGACAACUCGACCUCUCCUACCCGCCUCUUCUCCGCCCACCUACCGCAGCUCGAUCACGACUCCAUCUCCGCUCCGCUCGUCCUUAUCGCUCGCCUCGAGACCCAGCCAAAUGAGCCCUUGUACGCUAUAGAAAGAGUCGGAGAAAAGAGAUAUGCGCUCUGCAAGUUGGCUGCUUGGCUGAACCCGGAUCACGUUCAAACUCUCGCACCACCGGCUCUCACGACUGCGAAACCCUUGCCACAAUUCCUAAGUGACAUCUCUUGCGAUUCGUGGUGGCAGACUGCAGCCAUUCAAGUGCCUUCGAUACCAACUGUAACCUCUCGCAAAGCUCCCUGCUUGUCUCUGUUCCGUCGUCGGCCGUCGCUAUCCCAAUCUUUGCCCGUGUCGCAGCUCGCAAUCGCCCCAGCCGUGGCAGACCAACCUGUGCUUGCAGAGGAGACAUGUCAGACCCCCGAGGACGUCUUGGCCCGUUUCAUAUCACAAUACCUCGAUACGCUCUACCUUUCCAAGACACCACUUGCCUUCUUCACCAAGGGCCCACUAUCUCGAUUGCGUGCUGCCUACACAACAGGCCAGCUCUCUGACACAACCGUCUCCGAUCUAGUACAAUUUUUGCGAAGCCUGAUACUAUCGUCCCUCACUGCCGACAAGAAGUAUCGCGACAAGUUGCCUGAACUUCUGAGAGACCUACCAUCGCAAUCUCCAGANAAAGAUCACACACCCGCUGCCAAAAAGAAGAGACGGAAAAGGAAGCUCAAGCCGGACAAGCAUGGCCUGCUUCCUGAAGAGGAUGAAUUCUUCACCAAGUGGUGGUACCAGGAUGAAGCUUCGGCGCCGUCUGAUGAGACGGCUGAACAAUCGCUGAAACGUAGAGGUCCGCAGCUCAGGACUCGUGAGACGUUCAUGCAAGUCGUCCUGGCGUUGGAAAUUCUGAGUCUGGAGGCGCUCCCAGAGUUCAAGUUGGUGCAGGAACAAGCCACACAAGCAAAGAGCAAGAAGGGCGACACAAUCAUCAUGAGCCUCGAAUUGCUCGUAGACAAACUCUGCAUCUGGCAUUCUCUCCACGCCGCCGACCUGCUGGGCGAUGCGCCAAAGCCUGACAAGACGGCCAAAGAUGGUGCCAACCAGUUACACAGCUUCUGUGUCGAGGUCAUCAUUCCCUUCUACAUGUCUCGCACUCACGAGCAUGCCUCUUUCGUCAACAANAAGCUCGGUGGUCCAGGUUCUUCGUCGACAACCAAGCCCAAGCCCAGUCGCAAGCUUUCUGAAGCAGAUAUGAAAACUACCGCCGACAAGAAAAAUCGUCGUUCGCUUGCUCGCGUCGCAACAGAGAGUUUCUCUCAACCUGCCAAAACUCCUCGCUCACUUAGUCGCUCGGCCACCGACUCACAAGUCGUCCCUGUCAAGUCCGAGACACCAGAAGUUCCAUUGUUUUCUAUCCCGCUUCGACGAGAUAGCCAGUCAUCUAUGGCACGGAAGAGUGAUGUCUUAGAGAAACAUCGCCUGCGUCAAAGAGAAGUCGACUUUGGUGCCAUUGCUGCAGCAAACGAGACCAAGGCCAAGAAGAAACAAGAGGUUGAGCAGAAACUCAAGGAUGCAAUCUCGACAUUGAAGAGGCCGAGUCGUGCUGUUGUCUCUGGAGAGUUUGUGGACGCUGUUGAACAGAGGAAGCGUAUGGCAGAAGGCAGAGCUAGACCGCCAUUGCACAAGCGAAAGUCUUCGUCAGUCGCACAAGUCUCUGCCACUCCGAAGAACGGCCACAAGAACUCUGCUAUUGCUGCGACACCCCACCACAUCCCGGCUCCCUCUUUUGUUCGACCAUCAGUCUCCUCAUCUGGCCCUUCUCUGGUGCCUUCUUCCAACAUCAAGCAGAAGUCUUUGCCUUUCGCGCACUUCCCUCCAGUGAAUGAGGCAUCUGACGAUGAAGAUGCAAUUCCCGCUACGGACAACCGGCCUCGCCAUAGGGAUGCGCUCGCCGAGACGCCCUCAAAGCCUCGCGUUGAAUUUACCUCGCUGCCAGGCGCAUCUCCGGACGAGGACGAGCAGACAUACCGUCAUGUUGACCAGAACAGAGGUGAUUCUUCUCCUUUGCGCGAGAGUCCGACUUUGUUGAAGACACCGAGCAAACCGCAACGACCGAAGUUCAGCAUCACCCUAAGCAAGCUAACUCCGCCUUUGAUCUUUGGAAAAGCCAGAGCAAAGCAGAGCGCUACCAACACACCGCUUGCGGCCACUGCGACUGCGGCAUUGGGAAACGUGCUUGGUGGUUCGUCUGUGUUGACGGGUCCGCAAAGCACUGAUGAAGCUGGGUCAAAGGAUCAAGCCGACAACAUCUAUGCCGCUCUUGGGUGGGAUGAUGACCUUGAUGAUGAUUAG